ACUCGCUAUAAAGGGACCUAUGGACGGAUUUUAAAUCAAUUCUGCUCAUAUACUGCGCACAAGAAGAAUUUCAUCUAAGGAGGCCCAAAAUUGCCCAGAUUUUCAAAAGCUACUUCUAAAACAUGGAGACCAAAGCAUACAUUGCUCAGAUGAAUGGCAAGAACAUGAACGUCAAUGGCCUUCACAACAACGGCAGCGUCGUCAAAGGCAGCAGUGACCAUAACAACGGCCUGAAAGGCAACGGUGUUCACCAUGUACGCGUGAACCCGGCCAAGCUGAAGGGGCACGUGAAGCGCUGGAACGUCCGGGCCUCGGAGAUGUCCAAGAACACCCUCAACCCCAUACGCGCCAUCGUGGACGGCAUGAAGCUUACGCCCAACCCAGAGAAGCAGAUGAUUGCCUUGUCUAUUGGGGACCCCACUGUCUUUGGGAACUUGCCCACAGACGAGAAGGUUCUCCAAGCCAUGAAAGAUGCCAUCGAUUCACAGAAAUACAACGGCUAUGCUCCAUCGGUUGGUUAUCAGAAGAGCAGAGAGGCCGUGGCAAACUUCUACAACCAGCCCGGGGCCCCUCUCCAAGCUAAAGACGUGAUUCUGACCAGUGGCUGCAGCCAGGCUAUUGAGCUGGCCAUCAGUGUUCUGUGUAACCCAGGCGACAACAUUCUGGUUCCGUGCCCCGGAUUCUCCCUCUACAAGACCCUGGCCGUGUCCAUGGGCAUCAAUAUCAAACUUUACGACCUCCUGCCGGAGAAGUCGUGGGAGGCGGAUCUGCAGCAGAUGGAGAGUCUGAUCGAUGAGAGGACCACCUGUCUGAUCGUCAACAACCCCUCCAACCCCUGCGGCUCCGUCUUCAGCAAGGAACACCUGCAGAGCAUCCUGGCAGUGGCUUCCAAACACUGUAUUCCCAUCCUGGCUGACGAGAUCUACGGAGACAUGGUGUUUCCUGGCUGCUCCUUCCACUCUCUGGCGCCCCUGAGUAGCGAUGUUCCCAUCCUGUCCUGCGGGGGGCUGGCCAAGCGCUGGCUGGUACCCGGCUGGAGGAUGGGCUGGAUCCUCAUCCACGACCGCAAGGACAUCUUCGGCACAGAGAUCCGCGAGGGUCUGGUGAAGCUCAGCCAGAGGAUCCUGGGGGCCUGCACUGUAGUCCAGGGGGCGCUGGAGAGCAUCCUCCACAACACGCCGCAAGACUUCUACAACAGGACCAUCAGCUUCAUCAAGUCCAACUCUGAGACCUGCUACUCUGAGCUGGCCACUGUCCCAGGACUCACCCCCGUCAUGCCUUCUGGAGCCAUGUACCUCAUGGUGGGGAUCGACAUGCAGCGUUUCCCGGAGUUUAAGAAUGACGUGGAGUUCACCGAGAGACUGGUCACCGAGCAGUCUGUCUUCUGUCUACCUGCGACACCGUUUGAGUACCCCAACUUCUUCCGCAUCGUGGUGACCGUGCCGGAGGAGAUGAUGGCGGAAGCCUGCAGGAGGAUCCGAGAGUUCUGCAUCCAACACUACAAACCUUGUCGCCACGACAGCAACGAGAUCGACCAAUGAGACGGCUAAAUUGAGAGGGCGGGGUGGUGGGGGAAAUUACUGGAGAACUGAAUACUGUCAAGCGCACAAGAAAAGACGAGGGAGAGAGAAAGAGAGAGAGGAGAGAGAGAGAGAGAGAGGAGAGAGAGAGAGAGUGGAAUCCUGGUCCAAAUGGGACUUCAGUGGGAGCAGAAAGUUCUUGAAAAGAAGACUGUGUGUUGCACUUAAGAAAGGUUUGGAGGAGUGUUGUUUUUUCGCCUUGGAAAUCUAGGGUUCUGGACAAACCCUAUAUUUAUAUUUUUGUACAGCCAAUUCAGGCCUGUCCUGUCUAAAGCCAUUUUAUGUUUAAUUAUGUUACAUGGGCUCUGCCAUUGUAAACCUAAACAGAUUCAUUUAUUCCAUCCAAAUGAAAAAAAAAGCAUACGCACAAAACUCAUGGACAAUAUUACACUGCUCGACACCAGAUGAGACCUUAAACGCGCACAACUAGUCCCUCUGCUUUCGCAUGAUUUAGCCAGCGUUACUGUAGGUAUGAUAUAGUAUAUAUAUAUAUAAUUUUUUAUAGAUGUUAAGUUACUUUUGCUGUUAAAUACAUGGCUUGUGCUCUGUAUAUAAAUAUAUAUUUCUUUAUGUUCAAUAAUGAGAUGCAUGCCCACGUUUGUAGCACUUAAAUAGACGUUACUGUUAGACUUGUAAUCCUGUCCAGAUGUGACUCAAACCAUUUUUAUGUAGUUUAUGUCCUUUUCCUCUUUGUACUGAAGUGAAAUAUAUUUAAAUGAAAACACAGAAAUUGUUUUGCAAAAGAGUAAUAAAAAUGUACAUAAAGUCUUUACAAA